AUGGGAUUCGGCUGUGAUGCUCUUAUCGCAGGAAUAUUCACAAUUGAGCAGGCAAUUUCACGUGUUGGCGUAAUUGGUGUUACAGUGAUGGCUGUGCUUUCGGGAUUUGGUGCCGUGAAUGCACCGUACUGUUACAUGACGAUAUUUAUGCGGCCGGUUGGACAGGAACAAAUAACACAGAUGGAGCGUAAGCUGAUGCAUACGAUGGAGAUGAUUGUGGCGAAGAAACGGCGGCUGUGUUUGCUGGAAAAGGAGGAAGCGCUAAGUGCUUUUACACGAGCUUUGCCAGAGCGUAUCGACUAUAGUAAAACUUGGGAAGGUCAAUAUUUCAAUGUUUUGGGCCAUUUCUUCUCACUUUAUUGUAUGUGGAAAAUUUUCAUUUGUACCGUGAAUAUUGUAUUCGAUCGAGUGGGCAAAGUGGACCCGGUAACCAGAGGAAUCGAAAUAGCCGUCAAUUACAUGGGCUUUCAACUUGAUGUUCGAUUUUGGUCCCAACAUAUAUCGUUUCUUUUGGUGGGUGUUAUUGCAGUCACUUCGAUACGUGGCCUUCUGAUAACGCUAACCAAAUUUUUCUACAUGAUCUCGAGCAGCAAAUCAUCGAAUCUUAUCGUUCUUAUCCUCGCUCAAAUUAUGGGUAUGUACUUUGUUUCGAGUGUACUCCUAAUGCGUAUGAAUAUGCCUCAUCAGUACAGGUAA